AAGAGAUGGUUGUGCCCACGAUGCUCGUGCCUGCCUCGCGGGCUGUCCUCGCCUCCAGAGCAGCCGGCACCCGCGCUGCGCUGCGCUUGGCAGCGGCGGCUCCGGCCCCGGCUUCAGCUCCCCGGGUGGCCCCAAUUGCAGCAUGUGUCCCCCAAGCGAUGAAGCUGUUCCACACCGUCUCGCCGCGGCAGAGCAAUGCACGCACGGGCCUGUACGACUUCCACGUCGCAAACGGCGGCAAGAUGGUCUCGUUUGGCGGCUACGACAUGCCGCUGAGCUACGGCGACGUGGGCCAAGUGGCGAGCCACCACCAUGUGCGCAACGAGUGCGGCCUCUUUGACGUCGGACACAUGGUCCAGCAUCGGUUCAAGGGCCCCGGCAGCCUCGCUUUUCUCGAGUCGCUCGUGCCCACCUCGCUCGCGCCGCUCGGACCUUACUCGUCGUCGCUCUCGGUCCUCCUCAACGACGAAGGCGGCAUCCUCGACGAUCUCAUCAUCUCCAAGCAGGCAGACGAGGCCGAGUGGUACGUCGUCACGAAUGCCGGACGGCGCACCGAGGACCUGGCCCACCUCGCGGCCAAGCUCAAGGCGUGGAGGGGCGAGGCCGUCGACCAUGAGAUCCUCGAUGGGUGGGGCCUCGUCGCACUCCAGGGACCAAAGGCGGCCCAGGUGCUGGAGAAGCACACGAGCGCAGACCUCAAGGCGCUGACGUUUGGCAAGAGCGUCGUCGCCGAUGUCGACGGCGUCCAGUGCCACAUUGCCCGCGGCGGCUACACGGGCGAAGACGGCUUCGAGAUCUCGAUCCCGCCAGCGUCGACGGAAAUGGUGACGGCUGCACUCGUCGCGACGGAGCCCGUGCAGCUGGCCGGCCUCGCCGCGCGUGACAGCCUGCGCCUCGAGGCAGGCAUGUGCCUCUACGGCCACGACCUCGACGAGAGCAUCUCGCCCAUCGAGGCCGGCCUCGCCUGGGUCGUGUCCAAGGACCGCCGUGCGCGCGCCGACUUCCCUGGCGCCCAGCGUAUUCUUGACGAGCUCAAGCAGGGCCCGCCCCGCCGUCGCGUCGGCCUCGUGAUUGAAAAGGCACCCGCGCGCGAGGGCGCAGAGGUCGUCUCGGCCUCGCAGGCCGAACCAGAGACGCUGGGCGUCGUCACGAGCGGCAUUCCCUCGCCCACGCUGGGCCAGAACAUUGCCAUGGCCUACGUCAAGAACGGCCACCACAAAAAGGGGACAGAGGUCAUGGUCCAGGUCCGGAAACAGCUCAGACAGGCAAAAGUCACGGGCAUGCCAUUUGUGCCGAGCAAGUUCUACAGAGGGUGAACUGGAGUUGCAAUCAGAUUUCAGAGAGACUCUAGGUCAGAUGCAUGAUUUGUUGUGAAGAUGCCAUCCUCAUUUGUGAAGUUGGCGAAGGCACAGAAUGUGUUUGGUCACUUCAAUUGAGCGCGCCGAGGAGAAUCGCUUCGAC